GGGCUCUCUCUGGAUCCCUGGCACCUGGCAGUUUUUUUUCUCUUUGUGUGUGUGUGCAGUUCUGGCACCCACCUUGCCGCUGAUACACGGUAGCGGGACACUCGGCACGACUCGCGACUGGCGCGUCCCUCAGGGACAUUGCACUCGGGGGGACUCCUGGCAGCACCGACCCGGAGCGGCAAGGAGACAUUCAAAUUGGAUGUUUAAAUAUUUGAAAGUCAGUGAUGGAUCAGAAGUUGCAGAAUGCAGUGAAACUCUCUAAAACAAUUUGCUUCAUAUAACAGAUGGAAAAACAUAUAGCACAAAUAGGAAGUUAUAUUUAUUUGAUUCUUAAUUACACCUGAAUGAAAGGAACUAACACUUUAUUUCUCAGAGGACAUCCCAUAUCUGAGAACAUUUAAAUAAAAUAUUGACAUGGUCACUAGGGAGAAGUAGACUAAUAGCUAAAACCUAUGUAUUAGUCAGGAUGACUUCUGAAGAAAUGACAACUUCUGUUCUCAUACCUGUGUUUCAGAGAAAAAUAGAAUCUGCUCAGUCAACUUUAGAUGAAAAUAGUGAAAGGGCGUCAGAGGCAAGUGCUACAAAGGCACAUAUUGUCAGACAGAGUGGCCAGGCUUCUCAGAUCAUCUCACAACUGGACAAGCUUGAAGAAGAGUCUUGUGGAAGCAACUUGCCUAAGAUACUUUCAGUGACAGGGGAGAAAAUAAUGAGUGGUGAGAACAGUAAUGAAAAGUUCUGGGAGAAAAGCAUGCCAGAUUCUGUGAAAAAUCUUAACAUCAACUGCAACAAUAUACUGACAAACCAUCAUUGUGCCCAUUCUCAGAGUCAAUAUUAUGAAACAUGCGAUUCUGUGGUAGAGGAAGAUCUCUGUUCGGAAACUGGAAUCUCUUCUUCACGAGAAAGAAAAGUGUUUCCUGGAAUUCAACUGGAAAUAGAUGGGCCUUCCAUGGACAUUAAUCCCUUUGGAAAUCAGUCAACAGUCAUAGAGACUAACAGGACACACCCUGACAACAAUAUGGCGAUAUUUCGCUUUCACUAUGAAGUUGACAGAAGAGUGGCAGAUACUUUCUGUACCCUUUCGGAUAACUUAAUUUUGGAUGAUUGUGGAAACUGUGUACCGCUGCCUGGUGUUGGGAAGGAGCAAAAGAAAGAAUACGUGGCAUAUACUUGUGAACUGAGGGAAUUGGCAGGUAACUGUGAUAAUGAGAAUGGGCAGCUGCAAUGUGAUCAUUGUGACACUUUGACUGACAAAUACUUGUGCUUCAAAGGUUCUUGCAGGAAGGCCAGCGUGGUAAAUUCAGGUGACAGCUUUUGCAGGGAGGAUUUCACUGACAUUCCACCUGCAGAGACCUUUCUGAGCCAUUUUGAGGACUUCCCUGAUAACUGUGAGGAUGUAGAAGGAGAUUUUUUCAAAAACAAAAAGGAACGCUCCACUUUACUAGUGAGAAGAUUUUGUAAAAAUGACAGGGAAGUUAAGAAAUCUGUGUACACUGGGACAAGGGCCAUUGUGAGAACUCUGCCAUCUGGUCACAUUGGACUGAAAGCUUGGAGUUAUAUUGAUCAAAAAAGAACUGUUCUCUUGUCUUCUGAGGGCAAAAUGGUGGAUCAUCUAUCAACAGCCAUAAUUAGGCAAGAUAGGAGCCAGUGUCUUUCGGAAGUGCGGUGGUAUCCGAUCUACAAUGCAAUGAGAAGAGGAGAAGAAACAGAAGAUAGAACUGGAUCUCUUCUCCAUUUCUUUACAAAGCUCCCAGCCUCUGAUAAAGCACAUGAACGGAUUAGCAUUGGUCCAAAUUUAAAGCAGUGUGUCCCAGACACUGUAUGUGAGUAUCGUGCCACCCUUCAGCGGACUUCCAUCUCUCAAUACAUCACUGGUUCUCUCCUUGAAGCCACCACAUCUUUAGGAGCAAGAAGUGGCCUUCUCAGUACUUUUGGAGGAUCCACAGGGCGAAUGAUGCUGAAAGAACGUCAACUGGGCACCUCUAUGGCCAAUUCCAGUGCCCUCCCUUCAAGUGCAGCUGGGAUCAGCAAGGAACUUAUUGAUCUGCAGCCCCUCAUCCAGUUUCCAGAGGAAGUUGCCAGUAUCCUGAUGGAGCAGGAACAGAAUAUUUACCGACGAGUCUUGCCAGUUGACUACCUUUGCUUUUUGACUCGGGACUUGGGCAAUCCAGAAUGUCAGAAGUCCCUGCCCUGCCUCCAAGCAUCCAUCUCAGCAUCAAUACUUACCUCCCAGAAUGCAGAAAACAAUGCCCUUGAAGAUCUUGUGAUGAGAUUUAAUGAGGUGAGCUCCUGGGUGACAUGGCUGAUCCUCACAGCAGGCUCCAUAGAGGAGAAGCGGGAAGUCUUCUCAUAUCUGGUGCAUGUGGCCAAAUGCUGCUGGAACAUGGGCAACUACAAUGCUGUCAUGGAGUUCUUGGCUGGUCUCAGGUCUCGAAAAGUUUUAAAAAUGUGGCAGUUUAUGGACCAGUCUGACCUGGAGACCAUGAGGAGCCUGAAGGAUGCCAUGGCUCAGCACGAGUCUUCCUGUGAGUACAGGAAAGUGGUGACCAGGGCGCUGCAUAUCCCCGGCUGUAAGGUGGUUCCAUUCUGUGGGGUGUUUCUGAAGGAACUCUGUGAAGCCCUUGAUGGAGCCUCUGCAUUCAUGAAACUUUGCCCGAGAUAUAAUUCCCAAGAAGAAACUUUAGAGUUUGUAGCUGAUUAUAGCGGACAAGAUAAUUUCUUAAAGCGAGUAGGACAAAAUGGCUUAAAGAAUUUAGAGAAGGAGUCCACAGUCAACAGCAUCUUUCAGAUCAUCAGGAGUUGUAGUCGGAGUCUGGAGAUAGAAGAAGAAGACAGUUCUGGCGAAGGGAACAGCUCCAGGAAGAACUCUUUGAAGGAGAAGGCUCGGUGGCAGUUUAUAAUUGGAGACUUGUUGGAUUCUGAAAAUGACCUCUUUGAUCAGCCCAAAGAAGGGGAUCUUCAUGGAUCAGAGGAGCCACAGAAGGCCUUUGACCAUGGGACAGAGCUCAUCCCAUGGUAUGUGCUGUCCAUUCGGGCUGACGUGCACCAGUUCCUGCUCCAGGGGGCCACAGUCAUCCGUUACGACCAGGACACACACCUCUCUGCCCGCUGCUUUCUCCAGCUUCAGCCUGACAAUAGCACUUUGACCUGGAUAAAGCCCACCACUGCCUCCCCAAACAGUGCAAGACCAAAACUCAGUGUGCUUAGUAACACGCCGGAGCCUGGCAAAUUCCCAUUAUUGGGCAACACUGGGUUAAGUGGCCUGGCAGAGGGCGUCUUGGACCUGUUCUCAGUGAAGGCUGUGUAUAUGGGACACCCUAGCAUUGAUAUACACACUGUGUGUGUUCAGAACAAACUGGGUGGUAUGUUUCUCUCUGAGACUGGUGUGACACUACUCUAUGGACUUCAAACCACAGACAAUAGAUUAUUACACUUCGUGGCACCAAGACAUACAGCUAAAAUGCUUUUCAGUGGAUUGUUGGAACUCACGAGUGCUAUGAGAAAGAUGAGGAAGUUCCCGGAUCAAAGACAACAGUGGUUGCGGAAACAAUAUGUCAGCCUCUAUCAGGAGGAUGGCCGGUUUGAAGGUCCAACUUUGGCUCAUGCUGUGGAGUUGUUUGGGGGCAGACGAUGGAGUACUCGAAACCCUAGCCCUGGGACAUCAGCCAAGAGUACUGAGAAGCCCAACAUGCAGAGAAACAACACCUUGAGCAUAAACACCACCAAGAAAAAGAAGAAGAUUCUUAUGAGGGGUGAGAGUGGAGAGGCAACUGACGAUGAAAUGGCCACCAGAAAGGUCAAAAUGCACAAAGAAUGUCGGAGCCGAAGUGGAUCCGAUCCUCAAGAUGUUAAUGAACAAGAAGAAUCAGACCUGAACACCACCACUACCCUUCCUAACCCUCUCCAUUCCAGAAGAGCCCACUCUUUGACCACGGCUGCCUCUCCUAACUUGUCUACAGGGACAUCAUCUCCCAUCAGGCCAGUGUCUUCCCCUGUGCUGUCUUCUUCAAACAAGAGCCCAUCCAGUGCUUGGAGCAGCAGCAGUUGGCAUGGACGCAUCAAAGGAGGAAUGAAGGGCUUUCAGAGCUUCAUGGUUUCAGACAGUAACAUGAGUUUUGUGGAAUUUGUUGAGCUGUUCAAAUCAUUCAGUGUAAGGAGCCGCAAAGACCUGAAGGACCUCUUUGACAUCUACGCUGUGCCCUGCAACCGAGCUGGACUGGAGCCAACCCCACUUUAUACCAAUCUGAUCAUUGAUGAAAACAUCAGCAGUCUUCAGCCUGACCUAGACUUGUUGACCAGAAAUGUCUCUGACUUGGGAUUGUUCAUUAAAAGUAAACAGCAGUUAUCAGACAACCAGAGGCAAAUAUCUGAUGCCAUUGCUGCUGCAAGUAUCGUGACAAAUGGCACUGGGGUGGAGAGCACAUCCCUGGGCAUCUUUGGGGUGGGUAUACUCCAGCUCAAUGACUUCCUCGUGAAUUGCCAAGGAGAACACUGCACUUAUGAUGAGAUCCUCAGCAUCAUUCAGAAGUUCGAGCCCAGUGUUAGUAUGUGUCAUCAGGGCCUGAUGUCAUUUGAAGGAUUUGCAAGGUUUCUGAUGGAUAAAGAUAAUUUUGCCUCAAAAAACGAUGAGUCACAAGAGAAUACUAAAGAAUUGCAACUGCCCCUCUCCUAUUAUUACAUUGAAUCUUCACACAAUACCUACCUCACAGGCCAUCAGCUCAAAGGAGAAUCCUCAGUAGAACUCUACAGCCAGGUCCUCCUUCAAGGCUGUCGGAGCGUAGAAUUGGACUGCUGGGAUGGAGAUGAUGGGAUGCCCAUCAUUUAUCACGGACACACACUGACGACCAAGAUCCCCUUCAAGGAUGUGGUUGAAGCCAUUGAUCGCAGUGCCUUCAUCAACUCUGACCUGCCAAUCAUUAUAUCAAUUGAGAACCACUGUUCUUUACCUCAGCAACGAAAAAUGGCAGAAAUUUUUAAGACUGUAUUUGGAGAAAAGCUGGUGGCUAAAUUCUUAUUUGAGAGUGAUUUCUCAGAUGAUCCAAUGCUUCCCUCACCUGAUCAACUUAGAAGAAAAGUGCUUCUUAAAAAUAAGAAGCUAAAAGCCCAUCAGACACCAGUGGACAUCUUGAAACAAAAGGCUCACCAAUUAGCAUCCAUGCAGGCUCAGACUUAUAACGGUGGGAAUGCCAACCCCUCACCUGCAAAUAAUGAAGAAGAGGAAGAUGAAGAAGAUGAAUAUGAUUAUGACUAUGAAUCUCUCUCAGACGCAGAUGUCCUUACUGCUUCUCCUGUUCCUAACAGUCAGGAAGACAAUAUUCUAGAAGACAGACCUGAAAAUAAGUCGUGUAAUGACAAGCUUCAGUUUGAAUAUAGUGAAGAAAUACCCAAGAGAAUAAAGAAAUCAGAUAAUACUGCUUCCAACAAAGGCAAGGUUUAUGACAUGGAACUGGGGGAAGAAUUUUACCUUCCUCAAAAUAAAAAGGAAAGCAGACAGAUUGCACCAGAGCUUUCUGACCUUGUCAUCUACUGUCAAGCAGUAAAAUUUCCAGGCCUGUCAACUCUAAAUGCAUCUGGCUCUAACAGAGGAAAAGAAAGAAAAAGCAGGAAGUCCAUUUUUGGCAACAAUCCGGGCAGAAUGAGCCCUGGGGAGACAGCACCGUUCAACAAAACAUCUGGAAAAAGUUCCUGUGAAGGAAUGCGCCAGGCCUGGGACGAAACUUCUUCCCCCCUCAACCCAACCACGUCCCUCAGCGCUAUUAUUAGAACUCCCAAAUGUUACCAUAUCUCAUCGCUGAAUGAAAAUGCCGCCAAACGUCUGUGUCGCAGGUAUUCUCAGAAACUGAUCCAGCACACUGCCUGUCAGCUGCUGAGAACGUACCCAGCUGCCACCCGCAUUGACUCAUCCAACCCCAACCCCCUCAUGUUCUGGCUCCAUGGAAUACAGCUCGUGGCACUCAACUACCAGACUGAUGAUCUUGCUUUACACUUAAAUGCUGCCAUGUUUGAGGCCAAUGGUGGCUGUGGUUAUGUUUUAAAACCCCCAGUUCUGUGGGACAAGAACUGUCCCAUGUAUCAGAAAUUUUCUCCUUUGGAAAGAGACCUGGACAACAUGGAACCUGCCAUCUAUUCUUUAACUAUCGUCUCUGGUCAAAAUGUGUGCCCAAGCAACAGCACAGGAAGCCCGUGCAUUGAAGUUGACGUUUUGGGCAUGCCGCUGGACAGCUGCCACUUCCGCACCAAGCCCAUCCAUCGCAAUACUCUGAACCCCAUGUGGAACGAACAGUUUCUCUUCCGGGUUCACUUUGAAGAUCUCCUAUUUCUUCGUUUCGCAGUUGUAGAGAACAACAGCUCAGCAGUAACUGCCCAGAGGAUCAUUCCUCUCAAGGCUUUAAAGCGAGGAUAUCGACAUCUUCAGCUACGAAACCUCCACAAUGAAGUGUUAGAGAUCUCUAGUUUAUUCAUUAACAGUCGAAGGAUGGAAGAAAAUUCCUCUGGCAGUAUUGUACCGGCCUCCUUGAUGUUUAACACAGAAGAACGAAAAUGUCUGACUCAAAGAGUCACUGUGCAUGGGGUCCCAGGUCCAGAACCCUUUAAAGUUUUCUGUAUAAAUGGAGGCACCAAGGCAAAACAGCUUCUCCAACAAAUUACAGCCACUGAACAAGGCAACAAACCUAUUGCCACCGAUUACUUUUUAAUGGAAGAAAAAUAUUUUAUAUCUAAAGAAAAGAAUGAAUGCAGGAAACAACCGUUCCAGAGAGUUGUUGGGCCUGAAGAAGAGAUCAUGCAGAUUUUAAACAGCUGGUUUCCAGAAGAGGGUUAUGUUGGCAGGAUUGUCUUAAAAACACAAAAGGAAAACCUAGAAGAGAAAAGCAUCAUCCAAGAUGAUAAGGAGGUGAUCUUGAGCUCAGAGGAAGAGAGUUUCUUUGUCCAAGUACAUGACGUUUCACCGGAGCAACCUCGUACAGUCAUCAAAGCACCUCGAGUCAGCACCGCACAAGAUGUCAUUCAGCAGACCUUAUGCAAAGCCAAAUAUUCUUAUAGCAUUCUAAGCAACCCCAACCCAAAUGACUAUGUACUUUUGGAAGAAGUAGUAAAAGACACUACCACCACCAAGAAGACUUCUACCCCAAAGUCCUCCCAGAGGGUCCUUUUGGAUCAGGAAUGUGUGUUUCAAGCCCAGAGCAAGUGGAAAGGUGCAGGAAAAUUCAUCCUUAAACUCAAGGAGCAGGUACAGGCAUCCAGAGAAGACAAGAGAAAAGGCAUUUCUUUCACAAGUGAACUAAAGAAACUCACCAAGUCAACUAAACAGCCACGAGGACUCACAUCACCUUCCCAGGCAUUGGCCCCAGAAAAUGUCCAAAACAAAGAGGAGAGAUCUGUGGGUGGCUUGUCCUCUCCUGACUUGAUAGACUAUCGGCAGUGACCCAGGGGUGCAAAUCUUUUCCCCCAGGUGAAGAAUUGUUAUUUUUGUUUUCUGACUAACGCACUGCUCAACUCUGGCUUUUGGUGCAGUGAGUUGAACCUGGAAACUUGGAACCUCAGGCCUGAGAGUCUGUGUGCAUAAUCAUUAUGCUAUCUGCCUCAACUGAAGAUCUUUGGACAAAGCAAAGUCAAAACUGAGUACAGUAGAAGCAAAUUUAAUUUUCUUGUUUUCAUUUGCACUUAAACUGGAAAUUGACGAUUUAUGAACUGAAGCCCUUCUUCAUAUGUGAUGUGAAAUCCAUGCCAAAAGCAAAAUGGUAAAGGGCAACCAACUAAUUUACUAAUGAGUGGAGAAGCAGAGAAGCCAAGGAGAUUACCACUAACAACAGCCAGCAUCUUGCAAUGACUGAAUUAGAGCAAGAGACAGAAAACCUUGCCAGUAAAGGGUCAGACAAUAAAUAUUUUAGACUUGUUGGGCCUUCCAGUCUUAGUUGCAGCUCUCAACAGUGUGUGCACAUAAAUAUUCCAGUAAAACCACUUAGAGACUGAAAUUGGAAUUUCAAAUAAUUUUCACAAGUUUUCCUUUUUUUUUUUUUCAGUCAUUUGAAAAUGUUAAACUAUUAUUCAAGGGCCAUACAAAAACAGGAAGCAGGUGGAAUUUGGUCCCAGGGUCAUAGUUUACUGAGCUGACUUAGAAAACUGGGAACAAGAGACGCAGAUGUCUGAAAACAAGCAAACUAGUCAUAUACUUUAUGGCUGACAUUUUGGGGCAUUGAAAAUGUAAAUAUGUUCUGUAAGAUUGAGAAAAAGUAAUUUAAUGUUCUAAUAUUACAUUUCAUAAUGAUUUUCAUUAGAAUUUCUGUGUGUAGAAAUUUUUUAAGCUUCCUACUUACAAAUUUAAAGGUUAUUCUACUUUAGCACAAAAUCAAUUUAGAAUGAUGUACAAUUUAUUUGUUGCGUUGUGAUGUCUUAACAAGGUACUUUAUUGUUUUUUAAAAGCAAGUGUAGACUGAGUUAUGUUUAGACUUAUUUAUUUUGAAAAGUUUGUACUGACACUGUACUUGUAUAUUUAUUAUACAUACUUUCUUGAUAUUGUUUAUGGAUUAGGAGGAUCAGUGGUUCUAUCUCUAUUUGGAGAUAAGUCUAAAUGGAAAAUGUAUGUUCUGAAGACCUGAAAUAGGACAGAAUUUCAUGUUUAAAAAAAACAAAAAACUUCAUUUUCACUUCUGAUUAACUGAAGAGCUAUUGAAACAAGUCAUAAUUUGCCAUUUAAUUUAAGCAUUUUGAAAACUUUUUUGUAUAAAGCUCUCCUGUAAGUAUAAAUGUUAAUUAUUAUUAUUGGUAUGGAGCAAACUAAGACUUUCUUAAGUGAAUUAUGCCACCCUCUACAGAAAAACCCAAAGUUCUACUGAUAUAAAAUUCUGACAUUUCCUUCCAAUUAUAAAUCACACUGAAAAUCCCAACCUUUACUUUAAGUUUUUACCAGUUACAAAAAUGAAUAAAACAAUACCAACUUCUUUGCUUAUUUUAAGAACAUAAAUGCUAAAAAAUACACAUCACACAACUUGGGUGGCACUGAAAAUUCUUACUACAAACCUUACUGAUGGAACCACCAUUAGUUUAUCUGCAGAAUUCAGUUCAUUCCAAUUAAUUUGUAUAGCACCAAGUUUAUCUUUAAAAUAAAAUAACACAUGCACAGUGCUAUUUCUAAAAUUUUCCAGAGGGAGUCGGUGGUAGUGCAGCGGGUUAAGCGCAGGUGGUGUAAAGCAGCGCAAAGCGCAAGGACCGGCAUUAAGAUCCCAGUUCAAAUCCCCAGUUCCCCACCUGCAAGGGAGUCACUUUACAAGCGGUGAAACAGGUCUGCAGGUGUCUGUCUUUCUCUCCCCUCUUCUGUCUUCCCUUCCUCUCUCCAUUUCUCUCUGUCCUAUCCAACAACAAUGACAUCAAUAACAACAACAACUACAAUAAUAAGGGCAAUAAAAGGGAAUAAAUAAAUUAAAAACUUUUUUUUCCAGAAACAGAAAUCAGGAGAUGACGCAGUGAGUACAACAUAUACCUUACCUUACCACGCACAGGGCCCCUAGGCUGACAACCCUACACACACGCACGCACGCACGCACGCACGCCAGGGACAGCAUCAAGGAAACUUCAUGGAUGGUGCUGUGGUAAUUUGGUAUCUCUCCCUCACCCUCUUUACCAAAAAAAAAAAGAAAGAAAAAAGACAAAACUAAAAAUUGGGUCAGGGAAGUCACUCAGCAGUGUCACAGAAGAUACGGGAUUCAUAUCCUGGUAUUGUUUCAUAUAUAUAUAUAUAUAUAUAUAUAUAUAUAUAUAUAUAAUUAUUCUAUAGAACCACUUUAUCAAACUUCUAUAAACUCACUGGCAUAUAUUAUUCAGAUCUGGCCGAAACUAUAGAUUUAUCUCCUGACCUUGAGACUUUCUACUUUGAUCCCACCCUAUCUCUCACAGCCUUUGGCACAAUUUGUCCAAGGCAGAACAAAAUUGAAAUUUUCCCAUGAGUUUGAAUGUGAGAGGUCAUCACAGCAAAUGUGAGUCUAGUCUACUGCCUGGAUGUUGCAACCCAACUUGGUAAUCCACUCCACUCAAGUAAAAGUACACAAUACACCAUAUUUGAGUCUGGGGAAAGAAAUAUUACUCAGAACUGUAACACACCUACUUCAUGUUUACCAAAACAUGCAGUUUUUUUUACUUACAGCUUAUCUGAAUUACUCAGCUUUAUUAGUAGGCCAAAUUAAAUAAGUUAUCCUAUUAUGAAAUAGCGACCUACCUGGACUAUACCCAUUACCACUUGAUAUAAAUGGGAAACUUUUUAUCAGUAAAGUUGAUAUGGGAAAGAAUAUAAAUAUAAAAGCUGGUCUUACUACAAGAUUUUUAGGUGAGGAAGAAUCACUUCAAGAAACCCAUGUAGAAAUAAAAAGAAAGGGGCAUGAACGCUUUGUUGAUGCCAACUUUGGGAAAUUCUAUUACAAGAAAGGAUUAGAUUAAAAAAAUGAAUGUGAAGUAUAACAGGAAAAAUAAACUAAUAUCCUUUCAAGUAACCUGUUCAUCUGGAAUUGACUUUUCUGCAAAAUAUGAGAUUAUAAGAAGGUAUUAAGGAAAUGAGGGUAAAUUUGAGGAUAAAUUUAGUAAGUAAUAACACUAACUGAGCAGAAACUACCCUCUUAAGGAAAAGCUUCUUUUCAUGCCAUCUGCAAAUAACAUUUAUUUAUAAAUUCUCUAGCUUGGUUGUGAAUGUAGAGUCCAGCUCAGCAAAUGACUUCCAGAUGCUUGUUUUUAGUCAAAUUUGCUUUCAUAUGAAAAUAUUUCCCAUCUUAAUGGCCCUGUAGACAUUGUUGAAGCAUAUGUACUCUAAAAAUGUCCAGGCAAGAGACUGCUUACUCAGUAAAGCACACACUUUACCGUGGUCAAGGACUAAAUUCAGGCUGCCAGCAACACAUGGAAAUACCAUACACAAGCAGAAACGUCACAAGUGUUAGAACAAUGUUGUGGCAUAUUUCCUCUCUGUUUUUCUUUUCUAUCUGUGAAUGAAAGGAGAAGAAAUGGUCCAUUGGUUGUGGUGUACAAAGUCCACUUUUGAAGAGAUGGUGGUGGUUUACAUCUCCCCCUUCUUCUGUUCUCUCCCUUCUCACACUUCUGUAUCCUCUUUCUUUGCCCAGACAUUCAUAGGUAUUGCUUAAUUCUGGAAAGUAACCAGAGCUGUUUAUUGCUGAGAUCUAACUCUGCCACCCAUGCCAAUAGAAAAGUAAGAUCUUCCUGGCCGAUGUCUUUGGAGAGGGAGAGAGUGUAUAAAGGGCAAAGUGCUCUCUAAGUGGCAGCCUCUGACCACUUUCAGCUGCUCGUCUCAUGUCAACAAGAGGUAAAUACUCUUGCUGUCCAAAAAGGAAUUAUAUAUAUUUUUUAUUUUUUUAUAUUUAUUUUUAUUUAUUCCCUUUUAUUGCCCUUGUUGUUUUAUUGUUGUAAUUAUUGUUGUCAUUGUUAUUGGAUAGGACAGAGAGAAAUGGAGAGGGGAGGGGGAAGACAGAGAGAGGGAGAGAAAGACACCUGCAGACCUGUUUCACCACUUGUGAAGCGACACCCCUGCAGGUGGGGAGCCAGGGCUUGAACCGGGAUCCUUAUGCGGGUCCUUGUGCUUAGCGCCACCUGCGCUUAACCCGCUGCGCUACAGCCGACUCCCUUUUUUUUUUUUAUUUAAAAAAGGAAGCAUUGACAAAAACCAUAGGAUAAGAGGGAUACAACUCCACACAGUUCCCACCACCAGACCUCCAUAUCCCAUCCCCUCCCCGAUAGCUUUCCUAUUCUUUAACCCUUUGGGAGUAUGGACCUAAGGUCAUUGUGGGAUGCAGAAGGUGGAAGGUCUGGCUUCUGUGAUUGCUUCCCCAGUGAACAUGGGUGUUGACUGGCCAAUCCAUACUUCCAGUCUGCCUCUCUCUUUCCUUAGUGGGGUGGGGCUCUGGGGAAGCGGAGCUCCAGGACACAUUGGUGGGGUUGUCUGUCCAGGGAAGUCUGGUCAGCAUCAUGCUAGCAUCUAGAAAUUAAAGGCUGGAAUACAGCAGAUGAAGAGUUAGGGUUCCUCCAUUUUGUAGAUAGCUAGUAGGCAUAUUUUAGUUAUAUUCCAAAGGGCCUGUGGCUACACUAGUUUUUGUUUUGUUUUGUUUUGUUUUUUCCCUGAGCCUGAAAUCUAAAUGUAAAGAAAUGAUAAAAAAACUAUCUGGCCCUGACUUUCCAUGACACAAUCUUUCAGUAACAAUUUAUGUGUUCUCUAUGCAUCAACUUCUAAAAAGUAACCUUUGGUUGAUGACCAAAGUUUGACAUAGGGAUACCUGAAAUAAGCACUUUUAGACUGAGACAAAGAUUUAACACCCACUAGAGCCCACUUCACAUUUAGGUGCCUAGCACAAUGCUAAGCACAGAGUAGGUGCUUACUACUUGUGUAGUUUAAAAAGGAUACAAUCUAGUGUAGCCUCAGAAUAUGUGUAUAUGCUAUUGUUAUAAAUGGUAUUAUUAUAAAACUCACUGACACAAGACUAAGUUAAUGCUCAAAUAGAUAUUGCCCUCAAACUCGUAAGAUAUUCAAAUACUAGAUGUAUUGCUUCACUGUGAGUUCUCUAAAUGUGUUACAAGGUUAAAAGUAUUGUACAAGUGUGAAAUAGUUGAAUUUCUGAUUCUUCACCUAUAGUUUGUACUGCCAAAGCAUAAAUGUAUUUGUAUGUUUAGAGAAUAAAUGGUUUGUGACAUGUAUGUGA